AUGAUUAACUCGCUGUUUGUGAUUAAUAACCAAGGUAAAAUCAUCAUUGAAAAGCACUGGCGUGGCAUCAUUUCUAGACAAAUUGUCGAUGUGUUCAAUGACGAGUGCACCAAGUUCAAAAACUCUUUGCCUGGUUCUAUGGAAGACAACAAUGGAGGCAAAGGCCUAUCGAUGAAGGACCCUUAUUUCACUCGAGAGGAUGUCCCCCCUGUAUUGGAGUCAAACAAGUAUUGGUUGCUGAACGUAUUGAGAGACGAUUUAACCUGGCUGUGUCCCGUUGAAAGAGAAGUGGAUCCUAUGCUGGUGUUUGAGUUUAUUCAUCGUAUCAUGGAUAUUCUGACCGAUUAUCUGGGAGAGGUAUCAGAGUCAUCUAUCAGAGAAAACUUUGUCACUGUGUAUCAGUUGUUGGAGGAAAUGAUGGAUUAUGGAUACCCCUUGACAACCGAACCUAAUGCCCUCAAGGAGAUUAUUAUGCCACCCACCAUCAUGAACAAGAUGAUGACUACCGUAGGAGCAGCUGCAGGCGUGGCGCCCAAGUUUCCUCAAAGUAUGUCAAACAUACCAUGGAGAAAGGCUGGUGUCAAAUACACACAAAAUGAAAUCUAUUUUGAUAUUAUCGAGGAAAUUGACGCUACCAUCGCAGCUAAUGGUACAGCUGUAUCUUGCGAAGCGCAUGGCAAUGUGCAAGCAAAUAGCAAGUUGAGUGGCAUGCCUGAUCUGUCGUUGAAUUUUGUAAAUGCCAAGGUGAUUGAUGAUGUGAGCUUCCAUCCCUGUGUAAGAUAUCGUAAAUGGGACAGCGAAAAAGUCUUGUCUUUUGUCCCUCCUGAUGGACAUUUCAAGCUCAUGUCAUACAGAGCAUCUUUGUCACCCUAUCAAGCCAUGCCGCUACAAAUCAAACCGCAAAUCAUGCCCACUAAAAACGGAGGUCGAUUCGAUAUCACUGUUCAUCCCAGAUCAACAGAUGCAAAGCCCAUUGAAAAGAUUGUGCUCACACUGCCUAUGCCAAAAAGCACAACGAGCGUCAACGCAACAUGCAACUCUGGGCAAUACAUGUAUGAUCCCGCCAAUAAGUCUAUCCGCUGGGAAAUUGGUAAACUUUCGCAAAGAGACAGAGCGCCUGUCUUAUCUGGCACAUUUAGCACAAGUGAAUCCAAUCCGGAAGUUGGCAUGAGUAUAGGCCUGGAGUUCCAGAUCAACAUGUACGCAGUGUCCGGCCUAAAAGUUGACAGCCUUCGAUUAUUCCAUGAGGGAUAUAAGCCAUACAAGGGCGUAAGAAGUAUGACAAAAGCAGGCAAAAUUCAUAUAAGAACAUAA